AUGUCAAACGUACCCUCACGCACCGCAACGCCGUCGCGCGACACAGGCAGCCACACAAUCCAGCAAACGCGGCCAAACCCUGUUCUACGUCUCUCAGCGCCGUCAGGUGUCCUGCGCCUGCGCGCCGCGCCCGAGGAGCGACGACACAUCCAGUGGGCGGAGGAUGUAGUGGACAACGAGGGAAUGGGAAAGAAAAGCAGCAAAGUAUGCUGCAUAUACCACGCGCCCCGCGAAGCCGGCGAGUCCAGCGACGAGUCCUCCUCGGACAGCUCCAGCUCGGACGACUCAGACAGCGAGCCGGACAACAGCACUGCCCGCCCGAGCAAGAGCAACAAGCGCGGGAGAAAGCCUGAGCACGCGCACGACCACGAUGACUGCGCGCACGACCAUGGCGCAGGCGAGGGCAGCGGCGAGCCGAAGAGGAAGCCGAAGAGAGCACCGAGCCCAAAUGCCUACGAGAAGAUUCCCAAGCCCAGGAAGUAG